UUUGUUAUUGAUGUGCUGAUUUUUAAUAUUAUCGUCGUUAUAACCAGGAUAAUCGUGCUAUAUUUUGCAUAAUUUAAAAUCUGAGAUAAUGAUAUUUAGUCAGGAUUAUGAACGUUCCGUCGAAGACGUCCACAACAUUAUAAAAUAUGCCAAAGUUGACCACAAUAAUCUUACCAAUAUGGCUCAAGCUAUAUACUAUCCUGAUACUGUUGCUCACCCAGAAAUGGCGAAUCUCAAACUACUAGAAGUAGAUGAUCAUAUUCUUCAGCAAAUCUCCGAAGGAAAAUCGGUUUCAUUCAAGGGCGCUCUCAAUGAAAAAGUGGUAAUUUGCACCGAAUCGCGUACGUAUGAUGUUAAAGAGGCCGAAAUUUCCAACAGUUUACUAUUGGUUCCUUGUCUGAAACAGGCACAAGCUACCAGUCGGUCACCUCUCAAGAGUCCUAAGGGCGGCGUGAAUACAUCUUUAGACAGUAGCACUGAAGAAGCAGAUGAAUCAGUUGACAGCAUUGAUCAGAUUGAGCGCAAAGAUGUAGUGAAGAUCUUCCACGACUACUUCGAAUGCCGUCAGGUGAAGCCAAAGUAUCGUAAGAUAAUCGAUCUGCUUCGUUUAACUCGGUAUGCUGGACCUGAGAACGAGCAUCUCGUUGAUCGUUCACUGCUCUUUAGAUUUAAUCAGCUGCUAGAUACGGUGCAGUGCAGCCGAGAAGAAUUUCAGGAAGGUUUGAAAAAGUAUAGAGCAAUUCAAAUUGACGAUAGAAUAAGAAUGCUACACAGCGAAUACGAAUAUCGCGUUCUGACGCUCAUGUUGGCUUUAAUAGGCGAAAAUUCGUGGCAACUGGAUGAAAUUGAUAAGGCUGCUACAAUAGAUGCUUUAGAUGGAAUCGUUCCGUACGAGGUAGUUGACAGCAUCUUUGAUGUAUACGUGGAAGCAAGUGAACGUGUGCCGGAUCGGUUUCGCUAUCGAGAGGAUCUGGUCUGUGCACUAUUCGCGGAAAAUAUUUUGCAACAAGGAUUGAAGUUUCGCAUUGACGAUUUCCUUAGCAAUUGGGAGCAAACGUUACCGGAAGGUUUUAAGAUUGAUGAAAAGUACCUUCGCGGAAUCGGUAUCAUUGAUCGCGAAGGAACGGUUCCAUGCGUACGAGGUUUGAACGAAGCUGAUUUGCCAACCAAUCUUUUGGUUCGACUUACCAUGCUUUUUAGGACAAAGGAGCGCUGGAAUUUGGAGCAGAUUGAGCCAUAUAUAGAAUGUUUCACAACGCCAACUUUAGGGGUCACAUCAAUUCUGGCUAAACACACGCGCUCAUUAGUUGUUAACGGGGUGCGGAUUUAUGUAUCAAAGCAUUAGAGCAAUGAAAAUGUAUAUCAUUUUUUUACUUCUA